AUGAUGAAGGAUGCAAAAGAAGUGCUUCGUUCGACCUUUCUGGCAGCCGAGCAAGCAAUCGAGCAGAAAAAGGCCCAGGUGCGCUUGGCAGAGGCUGAAGCAGAACGCGAGAGACAACACCUGGAACUUGAGUGGCGACGUCUUCAGUGGCAACAGGAAGCUCUUUCAGAGGAGAGGCGGGCGGGGCAGAGAUUGAAGGCCAGCUUGGAGGCGAAACAUGCGGUGUUCGAAGUGGAAUAUCAGUCCAAUGCUCAGCAGCCGCUCUUGAAUGCAGCAUGUUGGGUGAGGCUGGUGGUCCUACUUCUCAACCCUGGCCGUAGCAGAUGGAGGAGCUCAGCGCUAGCAGCGCUCGGUGGUGUCGUCCUGGGCUUCGUUGUGGGCCGUUUGCCGUUCGUCGUCCAGUACUUGGAGAGCCGCCAGGGCCGCCGGUUUGUGGAACCCAGUGGAGUUGGCGCCGACCUGGUCUUUGAUGUCACCAGGAUCUUCAGUGUUCAAAGCAAAUUUCAAAAGAUCGAGGUGUUGAGAUCCGAGUUUUUUGGAUACAUCCUGGCAAUCGAUGGUGAUCUCAUGCUUACUCAGCGAGAUGAGUUUGUCUACCAUGAGAUGAUUGCACAUGUUCCUGCGGCAUACAUCCCCAAUGCAAGCGACGUGUUGAUCAUUGGUGGUGGUGAUGGAGGAACUGCAAAGCAACUCCUGCGACGACCUGUAAAGCACAUCACUGUGGUGGAUUUGGAUGAGGAGGUGGUGCAUGUUUGCCGGCGAUUCUUUCCCAGGUUGGCAGCUGCAUUUGAUGAUCAUCGUGUUCGCUUGGAAUUUGAAGAUGGUGCCGAAUGGGUUGGCAACGCCGUGCGCAAACAGAAAACGUUUGACAUCAUCAUAGUGGAUUCCACUGACUUUGGUGCUGCCCAACCCCUUUUUGAAGAACACUUCCAUCGGCAGCUACGUCAACUCAUGGCGAAGAUCGCCGUGUUAGUGAUCAACCUCACUUCCCUGCCGUGGCAGUUGGAGUCGGUGCAAAGAAGUGUGGCGCGGCAACGACGCAUCUUUCGCUUUGUGCGAGUGUUUCAAAUCCAUCAGCCAACGUACACCUCAGGCCACUAUUGUUUUGCAAUUUGUUCCAAUAGCGUUGACGCUCUGGAAACAGGCACCAUCGAUUUUACAGCCGUCACCCACGGCUUGUACAUGCAGUACUACUCUCCAGAGGUGCACGAGGCUGCCUUCGCGCUGCCUGAGUUUGCCCGGAGAGCCAUCAGCGCUCCGUCAAAGGCACGGAAGAAAGCGAGGAAAGCGACGAAGAAACCGAUGGCGAGCAUGAAUUUCACUUCGAAGAACUAUGCUGCUGACAAGCAUGUGUCUCGUAUGGGCAGUGCCCUGCCUUUGGCCCAUCCGGAGGACGUGCACUUUAUUUCUGCGCCCCCACCUUGCCCAUCUGUGAGGCCAAAGAAUGCACCAUGUAUGCCCCCAAUCCGUGAGGAAGCUCUUGACACACUUGACCUUGAGGAUGAGUUCCGGCCAUCCACAUCCGCUUACAGCGUGAGAUAUGCAAGACAUGGUGGAGCCUGA